UCAGGCCAGUUUGGUUCAUCCGAUUGUUAAAAACUUAAAAAGUGACAGGACCAAGGUCGUUAAGGCGGAGACAAAGUACGCACGAGAUUUCAAUCACAGCGUUUCCGAGCAACCAUAGUUUUAAAAGAAAUCCAGGUCGAAAAAUGGUCAAACACGAUGGGAAUCAGGCUCCGGCUUAUGAAGAAGAAGAAGAAGAAGAACGAGUGUGGAGCUGGGGCGCAGGUACGGACGGCCAAUUGGGGACUGCCAAGUUGCAAGACGAGCAUCUCCCGCAGCUUCUCUCGCUGACGUCACUUGCUUCCAUAUCGAUGCUUGCCUGUGGCGGCGCUCACGUCAUAGCCUUGACUUCUGGUGGUAAGGUGUUGACAUGGGGAAGGGGAAAUUCUGGUCAGUUAGGACAUGGGGACAUCCUCAACACUUGUUUGCCCAAACCGGUAUCUUUCUUUGACGACUAUGUUAUAACUCAAGCUUCAGCUGGAUGGAGCCACUCUGGUUUUGUUUCAGAUUCCGGUUGCCUUUUUACAUGUGGCAGUGGCUCAUUUGGUCAGCUUGGUCAUGGUGAUAACAUGUCCCAAACCUCUCCAGUUAAAGUCUCUUACUUUGUCGAUAAGAGUGUGAAGAUGGUAGCUUGUGGUAUGCGCCAUUCACUUGUCUUGUUCGCAGGGAAUCAAGUGUGCGGAUUCGGAUCUGGAAAACGCGGACAGCUAGGCGUCUCAUCAGACAGAACAAAGUCAGUAAAUCUCCCAUGUGUUGUCUCUGGAUUAGAAGAUGUUGAGGUUGUUCGUAUAGCAGCUAAUGGAGAUCAUAGUGCAGCUAUAUCCGCUGAUGGACAGUUGUUCAGUUGGGGAAGAGGAUUCUGCGGCGGUCCUGAUAUUCAAACCCCUCAGUGUUUACCAUCAUCUCAGUCUUUCAGAGAAGUUGCUUUAGGAUGGAAUCAUGCUUUACUGCUAACCGUGGAUGGCGAAGUUCUCAAGCUUGGUAACACCCUUAAUAAACAAUCCGAGAAGCAACCACUGCAAGUAGAUUCCUCUGAAGCUCUCUUGGAGAAAGUCCCAGAUUUUGAUGAAGUUAAAGUUCUGCAAAUUGCAGUAGGAGCAGAGCAUUCUGCUGCCGUAACAGAGAGUGGAGAAAUUAAGACAUGGGGAUGGGGUGAACACGGUCAGCUAGGCCUUGGAAGUAGCAAUGAUCAGACGAGUCCUCAACUUGUGAGCCUAGGAAAUAGUGACUUGCGAACAAAAGAGAUGAAAGUAUAUUGCGGGAGUGGAUUUACUUAUGCAGUAAGGCGAAAGCAACAGCUUUCUUCUUCACCAACAUCAACAUAGACAUGGAUGUAUAACAAUCUUUUGUGUUUAAAUUGUUUACACGAGUCUUGUCAGAACAAUACAGUGGUUGUAUCAGUACCAUGAUGGAAAAUUUUAAAUAUACAG